ACAAUCAUGUGGACUCCCUGAGGUGUGCAGAGGAGAACUGAAGCGGGGACGAGGACCGGGUGGAGCGGGACAGAGAGACCAGAGACGCGAGCUGUCCCGUGCACGGAAGACCCCCAACCCCCCGUUGGGAGUGUCUGAACUCGGCUGCAAUGGACUCUUCACCCCACCGGUGACUCGACGGCAUAGAGGACUAACACGAGACCAGACCCGAGCCGGACUCCGACCGGACUGGCCCUGGUUAUGAUCAUCUGCAGUCGGGCUCUGGCUCUCAAAGGAAAGGGGGUAAGAUGUUUGUGGAGUCUGCAGUUCGAUGGGCAGCGUUGGGCGUCCUGCUGCAGGCCGGACUGCAGGCGUCCGCAGAAAGUUGCCCUCCACGGUGCGUGUGUCCAGACGAGGCGACUGAAGUCAUCUGCUCCGGCAAACAUUUGAACACCAUCCCAGAGGGUUUUUCCGGCGAUGCAAGGCGUCUGGAUUUGUCCUACAACAAGAUCAGGACUGUAGGGCGCCGGCAGUUCUCUGGCCUCCCGCAACUUCAAGAACUCGACCUCAGCGAGAAUCUAAUCUCUAUGAUUGAGGUGGAUGCUUUCCAGGGACUACAGAACCUCAGGACACUUCGGAUUAAAAACAAUCGACUCAAAAUCAUUCCUGUCGGGGUUUUUUCUGGCCUGUCCGGUCUACGAUUUUUGGAUCUGAGCCAGAAUGAGAUUCUGGUCUUCCUAGACUACACAUUCAAAGAAAUGGUGAACCUGCAGACGCUUGAGGCAGAUGAGAAUGACUUGGUGUUCAUCUCUCAGCGGGCUUUUGUGGGUUUGCAAAGUCUGCAGGAACUUAACAUAGAUCGUAGUAAUUUGACGUCUAUUCCCACCGAGGCGUUGUCUCAGCUUCAGAGCCUGAUGCGUCUCCGCAUGCUCCGUCUCACAAUUUCCACUCUGCCUAACAACGCUUUCCGUCGGCUGCACCGUCUACAAACCCUGAUCAUGGUCAGUUGGCCAACUCUGGACACGAUGGCGAGCAACAGCCUGAUUGGACUCAAUUUGACUGCUCUGGUCAUUAGCAACUGCAACCUCAGUGCUGUACCAUACUCAGCACUUCGUCACCUGGUACACCUGCGCUUCCUAGACCUGUCCUAUAACCCGAUCACUGUUAUUCAAAGUAACCUGUUGGGGGAUCUCCUUAGACUCCAAGAGUUACAUCUUGUCGGGGGUAACUUGCUACGUAUAGAACCGGGGGCUUUCAGGGGCCUAACCUACUUUCGCAUGCUUAAUGUUUCCUCCAAUCACCUCACGACUUUAGAGGAGAGCACCUUGCACUCAGUGGGAAACCUUCAGGUGCUCAGACUAGAUGGGAAUCCCCUAGCUUGCGACUGCCGCUUGCUAUGGGUGGUACGUCGGCGAUUGCGCCUGAACUUUGGCGGACACCAGCCCACGUGCUCUACCCCCGACACCGUGAGGCAGCGAGAAUUCAGAGACUUUUCAGAAAAGGAGCUGCCGAGGUUGUUUACCUGCCGUCCUACCCGUAUAUUAGAUCGUAGGCCGCAGGAGGCCAGGGUGGAGGAGGGCGCCACCGUUCUGUUCUCCUGCAAGGCUGAUGGUGAUCCAGCUCCAUCCUUCACCUGGAUCUCGUCCCACAAGACAAAAGUCUCUUCAACGGGAAGAAUCAGAGUUUUGCCUAAUGGUACUCUGGAAGUCCGGUACGCACAGGUCCAUGACAGCGGAACCUAUCAGUGCCUCGCAAGCAACGCUGCCGGCAACGACAGCCUGACAGUCGGCCUCUAUGUAAAGGCGGUCGCUCAAAACCGAACUAUCCCCUUCUUCACCGAGGAAGACUGGCUGGAGCCCCUGGUCCCCCAAGCUACCAAUUCCUCAGCCGAAACGGCCAAGCCCUACCCUUUUGACGCCAAAACGCUGAUCAUCGCCACCACCAUGGGCUUCUUGUCUUUCCUCAGCUCGGUGGCCAUCUGCUUUGUCUUCAUGUUCUUCUGGAGCCAGAGCAAAGGCCAAAUCAAGCACACGGCCACCAUUGACUUUGUUCCUCGCUCCUCCAUGGGCGGGGGAGGAGACGGCGGGGAUGGUGGGAGGUUCACCAUGAAACUUAUUUAAAGCCGACUAAGCAGUUUGGACCUUUAAGGACUCCUCUUUCGGAGUCAGCGAGUUGGGCUAUUUACCACUCACCGUAACUCGCGUACUUCAUACCGACAUGCAUUCUGGGUCCACCAAACCUUUUCAAGUGCUCGUCCCGCAUUGCAGCGUCUAUAUUGCCAACACAAGCCGUGGAGCUGAAGAGACCAUAGCAGUAAAACAUGUUAAGUGGCGGCAUACUUGCCAAAUCUCACGAUUUUCCCCGGGAGACACCCGAAUUUCAGUGCCCCUCACGAAAAUCUCCCAGGGCAACCAUUCUCCCGAAUUUCUCCCAAUAUCCACCCAGACAACAAUAUUGGGGGCGUGCCUUAAGGCACUGCAUUUAGCGUCCUUUCUCACCUGAAACCGUCACCCCUUAACAUGUGGACCUGAGUGAGGACAGCCUGUCUUCACGUCCGCUUUUCCUCCAUACAAACAGUGUGCCGGUGCAAUCACAUAUCCUCUACGGCUUUUCACACACUCUCACAAGCGAAUGUAAGGCAUACUUUGUCAACAGCCAUACAGGUCACACUGAGGGUGGCCGUAUAAAAAACUUUAACACUCUUACAAAUAUGCGCCACACCAGGGGUCACCAAUGUGGUAGCCUGUAUGGACCAGAUGAGUCGCCCGCGGGCCUGUUUCUAAAAAUAGCUCAAAUAGCAGCACUUACCAGUGAGCUUAUUUAUUUACUAGCAAGCUGGUCUCGCUUUGCUCGACAUUUUUUACUCUAAGAGAGACAAAACUCAAAUAGAAUUUGAAAUUCCAAGAAAAAAAAUUUAAAACUUGGUCUUUUAUUUUUUUACUUUGCUUCUUAUAACUUACAGAAAGACAGUUUUUGAGAAAAAAUACAACCUUAAAAAUGAUUUUAGGAUUUUUAAACACAUAUACCUUUUUACCUUUUAAAUUCCUUCCUCUUCUUUCCUGACAAUUUGAAUCAAUGUCCAAGUAAAUUUAUCUUUUUUUUAUUGUAAAGAAUAAUCAAUACAUUUUAAUGUAAUCCUUCAUUUUAGCUUCUGUUUUUUCGACGAAAAAUAUUUGUGAAAUAUUUCUUCAAACUUAUUAUGAUUAAAAUUUAAAAAAUAUAUUCUGGCAAAUCUAGAAAAUAUUUAGAAUCAAAUUUAAAUCUUAUUUCAAAGUCUUUUUAAUUUAUUUUAAAAAUUUGGUUCUGGAAAAUCUAGAAGAAAUAAUGAUUUGUCUUUGUUAGAAAUAGAGCUUGGUCCAAUUUGUUAUAUUUUCUAACAACAUGCAGAUUGUAUUUUAACAUAUUUAAAACAUGUCAUCAAAAUUCUAAAAUGAAUCUUAAUCAGUAAAAUUUACUAAUGGUGUUCCAUAAAAUAUUUUUCAAAUUUUUUCAAAAAGAUUCAAAUUAGCUUGCUUUUCUCUUCUUUUUUUCGGUUGAAUUUUGAAUGAUUAGGAGUCGAAAUUGAAGACAAACUAUGUUUCAAAAUUUGAUUUUCAUUUUUUCCAGUUUUCUCCUCUUUUAAACCGUUCAAUUAAAUGUUUAUUUCAUCAUUUAUUCUCUACAAAGAAAAACCUUCCGUAAAAAGAAAAAAAAUGUACGACUGAAUGACAGACAGAAAUACCCAUUUUUUAUAUAUAUAGAUUUAUUUAUUAAAAGUAAAUUGAGCAAUUUGGCUAUUUCUGUUAAUUUAUUUAAGUGUGUAUCAAACUGGUAGCCCUUCGCAUAAAUCAGUACCCAAGAAGUAGCUCUGGGUUUCAAAAAGGUUGGUGACCCCUGCUCUACGGCUUUUCACACACUGUCACAAGUGAAUGCAAUGCAAACUUGGUCAACAGCCAUACAGGUCACACUGAGGGUGGCCGUAUAAACAACUUAAACACUCCUACGAAUGUGCGCCACUCUGGGAACUUACACCACACGAGAACGACAAACAUAUUUCGGCAGAACAUCCGCACCGUAACACAACUUUAACACAACAGAACAAAUACCCAGAACCCCUUGCAGUUCUUACUCUUCCGGGACGCUACAAUAUACAACCCCCCUUCAACUACUCCCCAAUCCCCUCCUCAUCUCCCGAAUUCGGAGGUCUCAAGGUUGGCAAGUAUGAGUGGCGGCCUCACGGGGGACGUUUGCGAGUCGCACCAAGGACUUCUAGCCUAAUGUAAACAAGGAAUGACACGUUUUGGUUUCUUUACCGCAUCUAUAACUUUUUAUAUCGCAUGGAAAUACUUCUUUCUUUUGUAGCUGCGCAACACCAGAGAAUAUGUGCCUCAAUAAAGGAGAGUACGCGGAUCUUGUAAAUAUUCAGGUCAAGGACGUGCGUGUGUGAGCGCUGGCUUACUUCUGUCUCUCAGUUACUCCUGACGCGUGGACGCCGCUCAACGCGACGACAGACUGUUUCUAUUUCUUUGAUUUUGCCAACUUCAUUAGCCUACGCACAUUUAAGGUGAUUAAACGACGCUGUCUCAAUCUACCACGUGUGUUUCCUGCGUUCAUGUCAGCUCACGGUCAGGUUCAAACACUGAUGACAUCUAUUAAACAAGACAAGAGGCAAAGAAUCAAACAGAGACAGAAUUAAAUUUGGACUCAUAUUUGAGGAGAGACAUGGCCACUGUACUCUCUGUACAGUCCUGCACCACGCUCUGCCCCAAGAUCAUACUCCUUCUUUAUUUGACUCCCCCCCAUUCCCACAGCUGAUUCCUCGGGGACCUGGGUCGUAGACAGCGUUGCCUUCGGUUCCCGAACAGUUCAAAAAGAGUUCCAUAAAAUAGUUCAAAGAGAGUAAAAUAAAAUAUUUCAAAAAUAAUUCCAUAAAAUAGUUGAAAAAGAGUUUGUAAAAAUACUUCAAAAAGAGUUAUUUUGGAAGUUGGGCAGAUCCCCCCAUCUGUCCGCCUGGAAGUCCCAGUGUCAUCUUGUCAAGAACACAAUGUAAUACAAAUGUUUUGGUGAUAAUUUAGAAACAAUUAUUCUUACACUUACCCAAUCGGAAUUUAGGUCUGUCCAUCUUUCCGUCCAUUUCUACCGCUCUAGGUGGUGGGGUGCUGGACCCUAUCUCAGCUGCGUUCGGGCAGAAGGCGGGUUACACCCUGGACAAGUCGCCAUCUCAUCACAGGGCCAACACAGAUAGACAGACAAUAUUUACACUCACAUUCACACAGGGAGAGGAGGCUACGCCGGAUAGUCGAACCUCGGAUUCAGGAGGAACAGUGUGGUUUUCGUCCUGGUCGUGGAACUGUGGACCAGCUCUAUACUCUCGGCAGGGUUCUUGAGGGUGCAUGGGAGUAUGCCCAACCAGUCUACAUGUGCUUUGUGGACUUGGAGAAGGCAUUCGACCGUGUCCCUCGGGAAGUCUUGUGGGGAGUGCUCAGAGAGUAUGGGGUAUCGGACUGUCUUAUUGUGGCAGUCCGCUCCCUGUACGAUCAGUGUCAGAGCUUGGUCCGCAUUUCCGGCAGUAAGUCGAACACAUUUCCAGUGAGGGUUGGACUUCGCCAAGGCUGUCGUUUGUCACCGAUUCUGUUCAUAACUUUUAUGGACAGAAUUUCUAGGCGCAGUCAAGGCGUUGAAGGGUUCCGGUUUGGUUACCGCAGGAUUAGGUCUCUGCUUUUUGCAGAUGAUGUGGUCCUGAUGGCUUCAUCUGACCGUAAUCUUCAGCUCUCACUGGAUCGGUUUGAAGCCGAGUGUGAAGCGACCGGAAUGAGAAUCAGCACCUCCAAGUCCGAGUCCAUGGUUCUCGCCCGGAAAAGGGUGAAAUGCCAUCUCCGGGUUGGGGAGGAGACCCUGCCCCAAGUGGAGGAGUUCAAGUACCUAGGAGUCUUGUUCACGAGUGUGGGAAGAGUGGAUCGUGAGAUCGACAGGCGGAUCGGUGCGGCGUCGUCAGUAAUGCGGACGUUGUACCGAUCCGUUGUGGUGAAGAAGGAGCUGAGCCGGAAGGCAAAGCUCUCAAUUUACCGGUCGAUCUACGUUCCCAUCCUCACCUAUGGUCAUGUGCUUUGGGUCAUGACCGAAAGGAUAAGAUCACGGGUACAAGCGGCCAAAAUAAGUUUCCUCCGCCGUGUGGCGGGGCUCUCCUUUAGAGAUAGGGUGAGAAGCUCUGCCAUCCGGGAGGAACUCAAAGUAAAGCCGCUGCUCCUUCACAUCGAGAGGAGCCAGAUGAGGUGGUUCGGGCAUCUGGUCAGGAUGCCACCCGAACACCUCCCUAGGGAGGUGUUUAGGGCACGUCCAACCGGUAGGAGGCCACCGGGAAGACCCAGGACACGUUGGGAAGACUAUGUCUCCCGGCUGGCCUGGGAAUGCCUCGGGAUCCCCCGGGAAGAGCUAGAUGAAGUGGCUGGGGAGAGGGAAGUCUGGGUUUCCCUGCUUAGGCUGUUGCCCCCGCGACCCGACCUCCAAUAAGCGGAAGAAGAUGGAUGGAUGGAUGGACAUUCACACACUAGGGAUCAUUUAGUGUUGCCAAUCAACCUAUCCCCAGGUGCAUGUUUUGGAGGUGGGAGGAGCCUAUCCCCAGGUGCAUGUCUUUGGAGGUGGGAGGAGCCUAUCCCCAGGUGCAUGUCUUUGGAGGUGGGAGGAGCCUAUCCCCAGGUGCAUGUCUUUGGAGGUGGGAGGAAGCCGGAGAACCCGGAGGGAACCCACGCAGUCACGGGUAGAACAUGCAAACUCCACACAGAAAGAUCCCGAGCCCCGGGAUUGAACCCAGGACUACUCAGGACCUUCGUUUUAUGAGGCACAUGCACUAACCCCUGUCGUACCGUGCUGCGAGUUGAGGUCUAAUCGUCUUCAAAUUAAAUCUUUCCGACGGGAUCAUUCUUUUUGUCAGAGGCAAAGAGCAGCACACGUAUUCUUGCGUAACCAAAAGCACUUAAUCUGUACUUUGUGUUUCGGUGCACACACAAAAAUGGCCUCGUCGCAAGACGACAAAAGCCACGGGGAUUACAUGAGCACCUGCGCACGCAAGACAGAGUGUAGUUCUGGACCUUUCUAUUCUCCUCCAAUUGGGACAUAUUAUACAUUAAAAAACAAUCCUUACCCUAUGGGUACCUGGCUUUUCUAAAUCUGGGACCUGCAUAAUAGCAUACAAUAUAAUAAAAGUACUGCAUUUUCCGGACUAUAAGGCACUUAAAAUCAUUUCGUUUUUCUCGAAACUCGACAGUGCUCCUUUAUAACCCGGUGGGCCUAAUGUAAGGAAUACGUUUGGUUGAGCUUACCCACCUUAAAGCUAUUUUAUUUGGUACAUGGUGCAAUGAUAAGUGUGACCAGUAGAUGGCAGUCAAACAAAAGUGUCAGGUUCAAACACUGAUGACAUCUAUUAAACAGACAAGGAGCAGAGACAGCGUUCAAUUUAGCUCAUGAGGAGAAAGCAUGGAGCUGCACACUUAAGUCACAGUGUCGCCCUACGUUCUAAGGUACAGCUCCCGCGUCCCUCUAUUUAUUCAGGAGUUCCCCAGUCCACAUCACUGAGGGCGUUUCUAAAAGGAGUGGUCACACAUAUCAUGGCAUGCCGCUGCGGUACGCGCAAUACGUGACGGAAUGUGCUGAUUUCGCCUUGUCUCUGCUUAAUCUGCGUGCUGUCGUCUUAUCUCCGUUGAGGUCCUUGAAAUCCUAAAACAAAAGAUAUCAUCUGCGGCUGAGGCCACACUUCAGACAAGAAGGCUGUCCUUGCACAGAUAGAAAAAGUACAGCUUGAGCACAAUAGCAAAUAACUAUAGCAACUGACUUUAAGCAUACUAAAGUUGUGUGAUAACUUAAUAAGAUAAGUGCAGGCUGCUCUAUGAUGGCAAUAUGACUCAAGUAAAAACCACCAACAUCAUAAUAUUACCGCUGGAAUAUAAAGACAAUUUAACAUACACCCAUAAACGUGGAUGUAUAUGCAAAAGUUGAAUAUAUUUAUCUUAACAGUAAUCUAUUUAUUUAUAGCAGCACCUUAUUGCUCUUUUAUCCUGCACUGCAGUCUGCUUCUCCCUCAGCAGGAGCACCUGGAGGCUCCGCUGCAGUACCGCAGGACACGCCCCCACACGCGCCACGCGCCUCCACAGCCGGAGGCAAUCAUCAAUCAACGUACCUGGUCUUGACGAGAGGCAGUGGCACAAAGACUCACUCCGCAGACUACUCCAAGCCGGAACUUGGCCCUGGUUCAUACCGCCUCACCUGCCGAUCUUCCCCCUGGACUCUGACCGUGUUCCUCGACCCUCGAGCCCCAGCGCUCGGACCUGGACUUCCGGAUGCCUCUCUCCUUCCCCCACGGACCUCUUUUGCUUCGCCCCUCCGGACUUGUUUGCUGCCAUAACCGACACGCACUUGCAACAACCUCUGGUAACUUAUAUUCUGUUCAUUUCCACACGUAGCCUUGCAUCCACACACAUAGCAGCAUACACACCCUACGUAAUCAUCAAACUCAAAUAAAACCGCUGAGCUACACCUCCUGCUGUCGUGCCCUCUCCGUCCCCCUUGUCGUACGUAACAUAAAAGCAACUUUUCUUACCUUCUGGUACUUGUUGAUCUGUAUUUGGGAUCUGCAUGAAUCCUGGAAAAUUGCGCGAGUCCGCCUUUGGUGUCUGUGCCAACACCGUAAUCAAUAAGCUUCUACUUUUUGUCUAUCUUCUUGUUAUCUUCUCCGCUGUUGCCAUUUUUAUUAUAAAGUAGUGUAAAGUUGUUACUUAUAUCUGUCAGUAAACUCGCCGUGAAAGCGCUAAAACAUACCGGUGUAGUGAGUUUACAUUAUUCACCCAAGGAACUUUCGUUAUUAGAGAGAUCUAGGUCGGACGGUUUUUCACGGCACACAUUUCGGGGGUUGUUUCUUUUCUUACCUUCUGGUACCUGCUGAUCUGUAUUUGGAAUCUGCAUGAAUCCUGAAAAAUUGCGUGAGUCCGCCUUUCUAGUCCGUGCUGACCCCGUAGUCGAUAAGCUUCUUCUUUUUCUCUAUCUUCUUGUUAUCGUCUCUGCUGUUGCCAUUUCUAAUACAAAGUAGUGUAAAGUUCUUACUUAUAUCUGUCAGUAAACUCGCUGUGAAAUCGUUAAAACAUACCGGUGUAGUGAGUUUACAUUAUUCACCCAAGGAACUUUUGUUAUUAGAGAGUUCCAGGUCGGACGGUUUUUCACAAGACAUAUUUCGGGUGUUGUUUCUUUUCUUACCUUCUGGUACCUGCUGAUCUGUAUUUGGGAUCUGCAUGAAUCCUGAAAAAUUGCGCGAAUUCGCCUUUGUAGUCUGUGCCGACACAGUAGUCGAUAAGCUUCUUCUUUUUCUCUAUCUUCUUGUUAUCUUCUCUGCUGUUGCCAUUUCUAAUAUAAAGUAGUGUAAAGUUCUUACUUAUAUCUGUCAGUAAACUCGCCAUGAAAGCGCUAAAACAUACCGGUGUAAUGAGAUUACAUUAUUCACCCAAGGAACUUUCGUUAUUAGAGAGUUCCAGGUCGGACGGUUUUUCACAGGACACAUUUCGGGUGUUGUUGAUCCGGGAUGGGGAGACGUUGCUCCGUUAUUGAUUGAAGUCUGAAUGUUAUUAAAACAGUUAGCGCCAUUUUUUGACACUUCUUUCAACCUGUUUGAGAGCAUCCCGGACUAUAAACCGCUACUUUGACCAAAUAAGAUCUUCUAUAGUGUAGAUUGAACCUACAACAUUUGGAGGUGGUUCAAUGGUGCGUUCAAGGACCUCUGAAAUGAGUAAAAGUCCCCCCCGGAAGUAAUAGAUAACAAUAUAUUUUAUUUGCAACACACUUUUCACUUAAAUUAGUCUUUACGUUAGAAAGUACAAACCAAUAUUUAAAACAAUAAAGUUUAGCCAUUAAAACAGAUCAAAUACGAAAUAAAACCAUAUCAGAGAAGAAUAAGAUACAUAAAAAUAUUUAAAAAUAUUUUUGAUUUAUUUGAGGUAUUUAAACAAAAACAAGGAUUUCUGUGUGCUUACGUACUUUUUGAGCACAUACAACAAUAUUGCAAUUAUGGUAAUUCUUCUAAAUUAGGUCACUAUAACUUUAACAAUAACCACAAUAACGUCCUUAACACCAACACUUGGCCAUCACUCCAGCAGCACUGAGAGCAGACUCUGACAAACUGCAUUUCCGUAAUCUCGUGAUUUUCAAUGGCAACAAAAAAAAAUGUAAAAAUGUGAUAAAAAACAAAAAAAAGAUAUAACAACUGGACAAACGUUAUCACAAUUUAAAAGUAAUGAAAAUAAAAAAUAAAAUAUUUUUUGUUAUUAAAAACAAUUAGUAUUUAUAAACGCACACAAAAGUACCAAAUAUUAGUAUCUAUACCCUGAAACCGGGAAUUGGUACCGUAUCAAAUGUGACAGGUAUCCAUCUUUAAAUACGGGAGGCAAUUACAAUGUUAAGGCAAGGGAUUUAAUCAUUUUGCAAUGCAGUCUGCUGAAAAGGAUGGAAAGUGCCACCCUGCAUUGCGACUGACGCUGUGGUCAAUGUUGGAAUUGCAACAAAAAAGCAUUUCAAGUGGAUAGUGCGCAACCCCCAAUCUGUCACGUUUCAUGUGUCAGGUAAACUGUGACGAACGAGGCCAUAUGAAUCCCCUUCCUGCUGGCAUGAACUGGAAGUGAAGCGUCCAAAACCAAUUUUUUUUUUAAUCGUUAAAAAAAUUUUUUAAAACAUUCACAAUUUAAAAAGGAAAACGAUGAAAAUAUUCAUAAUAAUAAUAAUAUAAAUACAAAUAAUAUGUCUCUGAGGAAGACAGAACGUUAUUUAAUAUUUCUACCGCCAAAAAAGUAUAUUGUGCAUUUCUUUGUUUUAUUGAAUUGUCAAAUAAAACUUGGAAAAACUAUUUUGGUGAGUGUACAAGUACUUUUGAGCGCAUUCCACAAAUAAUGCUGUUACCGAGAUUUGACAUUUUUUUAAACUCCUUUUUAAACUCCUUAAAAAUGUUACAGCUAUUUCUAAUAAUAUAGUUCUAACCAGGCUUGUACGGUAUCGGUACUAAUAAAAUACAGCGGUACUAAGGGAUUAAAAAUGGUAAUCGAAAAUACCGGUACUUUUUUUUUUUUUUUCAUGCCCAAUGCUGUGAGUCAACAUCAGCACACACACAGACCACUUGCAAGCAGAUACAGUGAGGAAACAGAAGGGGGAGAAUGCACGAUAAAACUAAUGAUAAAAUAGCAAAUUCUUUGACUCGUAUUAUGUUCAACAUAUGGUGAAUGUUUAUAUUCAACUUGGAGUAAGCGAACCACCAGGUUUAAGCAAAUAAGGGUUGAGUCCAUAAUACAAUGAAGGAGCCUUAGUUGGACAUUCGCAUAUGGACUGGCAAUGAAGUCAGACUUCAGAAUGCAAAAGUGAUAGCUCUAUCCUGGAGGAGAGACUCCACGUCUAUCUUCAAGUCCUCUUGCAAGUUACGACAUAUAGAGGUUGUUUUCCGGUCACUUACACACACACCCAGGGAGAGAAAGAAGGAAUAAAAGAAGGUGGUUCGGCUCCUCCAAGUUAGGAGUACCUCAUAGUCCUGCAGUCCUGUAUAAUGACGCUCGCUUGUAAUAAAGCAACUUUUUGUUCAGCAAA